AGCAUCCCUCAUUCCUUAUGAGGGAGCUCCUUAAUUAAUAUCCGGAGUAUUUAUAAAUAUAUACGGCUCUGUUUUUUCUCUUUCUUACCCUCACCUAGUGAUCGAUGAUCUUAUUUUCACAAGGUAUUCUCACAAAAGAGAUAUAAUUUGCUGCGCAACAAAAUCUAAUAAUAUAUGUGAGGUUAUUUCACGUCAAAUGUAGUGUCAUGUGAGGUUAUCUCACGUUGUAGAAUUCUUCGAUAAGGUGUGAGUCGGAGACUUAUUUUUCAUCUGUGCAGCAGAAAAUAAACUGUAAUACUUCAUUAAUUGUAACUUAUUAGAAGUAUAGCAGGUUUCUUUGACUUCGAUUGACUAUGAGUAAAACACCAGUUUCCAUUCUCCAAGAGAUGAUGGUGAAACAGAAUAUGAUACCUGAUUACGAAUUGAUACACGAUGGUGGAGGCCGUCAUGUGAACACUUUCACAUAUCGAGUUAUGUGCGAUGGUUUCACUGCAAUUGGUACAGGCCGUUGUAAAAAGGAAGCUAAACAUGAGGCUGCUACAGCUAUGUUAACAGAGAUUGCCAAACAAAGAAACUAUCCGCAAUUGCCAGCGGCCAGCACACCUACAGGAUCUCCUUCAAGAUCACCAUUUCAUGUAACUCCUCUUCCACCAAAAAUACCUGCAAAUGCACCUUUUGUUAAUGCUAUAGGUGAAUUACAGGAUUUAUGUGCAGAAAAUAACUUACAGGAACCAAUUUAUAAUCUUAUCAAGGAUUCUGGACCACCACAUGCUAGAGUCUUCACUAUUACAUGUACAGUAUCUAGUUUUGUAGAAGAAGGAGUUGCACCAACAAAAAAAAUGGCAAAGCAUGAUGCUGCAGGAAAAAUGGUGAAAAGAAUAAAAGCUCUUGUGGAUCAAUUAAAUAGCAUUGAGGAUGAAGAAGGAUCUUUAGACUCAACUUUAGCAACUAAUAAAACGGAAAUAAUGAAUAGAAAUGCUAAAGAACGCUACUAUUCACUUAACAAAUCAAUAAAAAAGAUGAAUUUAGGUAUUAAAUUAUCUGAAUAUCACACUAAAUGGAAAGAUUCUUUAGAAAUGGAUAAACGUAAGAAAGCAUUAGAAGAAUUGCAUUCUUAUUUAAACGAGAUUCUAUCUUUGGACGAAGAAGAUGCAGAUAAAUUUACCAUAAUAAUAAAUAAGAAGUUAUCUAAAUUAGAAACUAUAUUAUCAGAUAUUAAUGUAACAGUUAAUACAAAAGAAAUACCGGCAGAUAAGAGCUAUUUUUUGAAAAUAAUAGAGCUCAAUACUUGUCCUCAUCUUUCACAGAUUGGUAUAGGAAAAACUGAGCAAGAAGCUGACUGGAAUGCUUUAACCAAGAUGGUAGAAUUUUUAAUAUUGCUUCUGUCAUAAAAUAUAGAAUUCAUAAAUGUAAA